CAUGCGGGCUUUUGAGUCCUAGAGUGUUUUCUAAUAGUGACUCGUUAGCGCCAAGAGUUCGGAAACCGCACUGCAAUCGCACCCACGAGCUCGUUUGAAUCUUUUGGCUUGACAGCCGGAUCUUGCAGCGGAGAUGGUUGUUCUUUUUCUCUAUAUGGCUUGUGUGGUGUCUGACUUCCAUUUGCAGCAGCUUCCACUCUUCCAAAUUCUCGAUAAUUCAGUUGGUCAAAAAGAUCUCGUCGCACCACCAAUCGCCUUACGCUGCUCAUCACUGGCCGGAUGCCACAAUAAGGUGUAUGUAUGGCGCUCUCAACGAUCGAAUUCGAGCUGUCUUGCGUAGGUAUCGCCAGACAGUGGUGGUUCACCAGGACCGUUACUCACAGUUUUUUAGGUCUCUAUUUGUUGCGUGCCCUCUUUCGGACUGCACCAUCACCAUUGGAGGCGAAUUGCCUUCUGAUGCACGUCUGUAUGGGCCAUUUUCUCUCUCAUCUUCACCACUCUCGACAUAUUUGCCCGCUGCUUCGUCCCCCUCGUCUCUGGUUCCUCCCGAUCAUUGUGGACUCGCUCACGAUCAUUCCAUAGUUUCGUCUGGUGUUCUUCACGAAGAAGACAGGGCGAAGAAGACCGGCUGGUUUGUUGUCGUUGAUCGGCACAGUCUUCCUCAAGGCAACACUGAGCACCUGACUCGAAGAGAACCGGAGUUCCAUCCACACUACAUUGAGAAGAGGUCUUCCGCAAGGGGGCACCACCAGCCGGCGUCCCGGUUGCGUCCCCGCCAACGAAACAACCCAUUGACAAGACAGAUGAGUCAAGUUUCGCUUCCUCGUGAGGGAGGCAGAAGAAGUCGGCGCAGCUCUUUCCAGCACCUGGGAAAGUGUGACAACGACGGAGGACCGCGACGAAAUAGACGCUGUGCGGUUUCUCUUGCUUCCCUUCUUGAAGGAAGCGCUGGCCUUCUGAAACCCGUGUCGGCUUGUGCUCUCUCCGCAUACAUCCGUGACGAAACGUCUUCCUUCCCGCGAGAGCCAGAAGACGGCUCUAGAGAAAGAGACAGGAGCAAGCAGAAUCAUCACCACGCGAGUGAAACAACGAACGGUGGAGUGGUUGAAGGACAUGCUGCAUUUCCAUCUUCAAUCUGUCAAACAGUGGCACCAACUGAAACCCCAGUGGCCUCGUCUUCCGUUUCUCCGUCUGUUCGGGAUCUCUAUCUUGCAGUUUCGUCGUAUGCUAGUUCGUCCGCUCUCGCUUUCGGUUCAGCAGCUCACCCGCCGGCCGUUCAAUCUUGUUUACCUUCAGCUCCGCUAGCAGACGUUUUGGAGUCUUCUUGCUCGUACUCCGAUGGAGUGGUCGCUUCUCUUUCAACACACGAGAAUCAGCCUCCAACCUCGCCCCCUCCGGAGACAGCACCGACGCCGAGGCGACGAUCCUCUAACCCCCUUUCGGCUGCCUGGACCGGUUCUGCUUCUCAGGCCACACCUAAUUCGCUUUCCUCACCCUAUUCGUGGACUUUUGUCCCGUCGCCUUCCUGUUUGUCUCGCCUGGUUUUGAGUGUCUUGAAGAAUCCGCAGUUCGCUGCGGUGUCUGUUGAUUCCGUCUGGCUGGCACCGGAUGCCACGGUUGUUAAUGCACACAAGUUGAUCCUUGCUUGCCGCUCCUCCUUCUUCAGGCGGCAGCUCUCUAAGCCGUACUGCAUCUUCCGCUGCCUUCUAAAUGUUCCUGUUCGCCCUCCGGCCCCCCCAGGAUCGUUUUCCGACCCACGGACACGGGUCGCAUGCCGCUUGCGGCGACAAGGAAAGGUGGUGGCAGAAGCGGACUACGACAAAGAAGCUGGAUCUUCACAGUGUUUCAGGUCCCUGCCAAGAGCAGAGAGAGAAGAACUCGAGCGGGGAAAGUCCGAGCGAAACUCGGCGGGCACCGGUGCCGUUGAGACGUCUGCCUCAGUGGCCAACCUCAUCGCAGCCUACCCUUGCUUGCUGACUGAAAUCAUUCGGUACUUGUACACAGACGAAAUGGAAGUUCCCCUCGAGGAUGUGAGUUGUUUUCUGACUUUAGCGAAUGCUUUCAAACUCAAAGACCUCCGGAAGAGGAUCGAAGAAGAAAAAGUGCGGAUCGACACCCACAUGCAUCGCCAGAGCUCUCGAAAGCUCCUCGCUGCGCCUCACACCCUCGGACUCAGUCCCCGGAAGGACUUCCCCUCUCUGUUGGCUUCUGACAUGCGACGCGGAGUUGCCAGAAUUUUCAGGCAUGCAGAGAGGCAAUGGAAAGCAUGUUGUAGAGGGGGCAAAUCGGAAAAGGAAGAACCUCGCCUGGAAGCGCCUCUAGGCCGCGGAACUGUGGGGGUGCCGGAGGAGGCAGAGGUAGGGAAGGGAGAGGCCGGCGAAGAGCAGAACGGAGAACAGAGGGAAGACGAGGGAACUACCAUCGGAGAGAGGCAGACGAAAGGCAAAUGGAGACUGAAUGAAACAGGUCGGCGAAGGGAUUCGGCGACGAGGCAUGCGGAAAUGGGACUGGACGUGAAAGAGGGGCAGGGGUGGCGUGGAUGCUGUGUAAAUGAUUGUACGGAAGAGAAAAGGCAGCACAGAGCAGGAAGGGCACGGGAGGGGAGAGAUCCGGGGAACGAGGAAAAAGUGGAGCACAACGUGAGGACUGCGAAUGAACAAGAUGAGGAGGAACAUCAAAAGGAGUCAAAGGAAGAACACAGCUACGUAGAUGUUGUUCUUGCCAGUGCAGACCUAUGCGUCUACGUAGGCCCAUCGCAAGUUCCCUUCCCCUGUCAUCGAUUCAUUGUGGAGAGGCGAAGCGAGUAUUUUGCCACUCUCCUUCAUUCUUCGUUUCGCGAGGUAAAGCAUCCCCCGCUUUCUUCAGUCGACUUCUCGAGAGAUCUUCUUCCUCUCGAGUACGCAUGUUGCCGCUCUUCUCAUGCCUGCCACAGCGACGAGGUCGAAAACACAGUUUCUCGCUCUUCUGCGGCUCUUGCCUCUCCUCCUUCGUACUACUCUUCAUCUUCACUUUCGCCGACUCCUGCCUCUGCUCCCUCACCUUCUCCUUGCGCCUGCUCCCCUCGCCGCUUUUCCCGCUCCCGGCCGGUCUCCUGUGCUUCUUACCGUCCCCAUUUAUCCGUCCGUGUCUCCCCUGACAUGCGAGACUUUCCUCUGAAGCCCACGCGUGCGACUGUUCCUUUCUCGCCUUCUUCUUUCGCGUCUUCCCGUUCUUCGAAUCCUCGAGGCAACUUUUCUUCGCAUUGCGAAACAGAGAAAAGCAAGGAAGAAGGCCAACGACGAAGAAGCAGCCGCACACAACCACCAACCCCGGACUUUGACUGCGUCUCCGUCCUCUCGCUUCCACAGGUCGAUGUCUGGUCUUUUGCCCUUGUCCUCGAAUACAUGUACACGGACGCUAUUUUUCAAGUUCCUUCAUUCCUCGUCCAGCCAGCAAAGAACAGACAAUCAGAAUCCCUUUUGCGUUUGAUCGAAUGUGGAAGUAUGUUUCUCAUGCCCGGACUGGUGAGCGUCUGCUCGGCUGCUCUGUCGCCCCUCGUCGACGCCUCCAACGUUUGCGCAGUCUACAGAGUGGCGGAUCUGCUUCGGCUCGACCGUCUUGUGUUUCGUUGUGCAUCUGUGAUGGCGGAGAAAAUCGACUCUUUGCUGCCUCGCCUUGAGUUCCACCAGCUGGUUCUCGCUUCUGCUCACUCGCUGAAAAAUCGAGAGGCUGUGGACUCCAUUCCUGUCGUCGAAGAACUCGUAGAUGCUCUGGCGCAGAUGUAUGGCGGCAGCGAAAAUCUCUGUGGAAGUGAAGACACACCAGCCGCGACAGAGUGGCUCGCUCCGGCUGGCGUCCUGCCUUUCACGGGGGAAGACGACUACAAUGAUAUCUCUAUUGACAGCGCUCACUGCUGUUGUCAAGGCUGUACAGAGAAUGUUCCCUUCUGCCAAUCGGGUUGUUUUUGUCACUCUGGCGACUCAGAAGCGCGAGGGAGUGAGCAGACAAUUUUCAACAGCACAGAGCGGGGACGCCGGGAGAGAGGCAGCGUAUUUCUUCGGAGGAUCCGGCGUCUCUCCACCGACGCCAGUCUACCGCGACAGUUUCUCGCGGCUCCCGAUGUGCUGCUUCUGCGCGGGCUGUAUCAGGAGAAAGUGGAAAAAAUCGAUCAGCUUCUCGAGUCUCUCCAACUCAACACCUAAAACGGUCAUCAUGUCUGUCGCGAUACACGUGAGAAAACUUGCAGACUCCGGGAAAGAAAAUAACGAUCUGAGCCACUCGACAGAAUCGUAGUAGAUCGCAAGAAACCGUGAGCUCCAGACGGCUGGGAGAACCCCACCUCAUAAACAAAGUGCAACGUGGAGCAAGGCAUCAGUUGCUCGUCAAAUGGGAUUGCAUGCCUGGUGAAUAAAGACAGACAACGCGGAAGGAUGGCACCAACAGACUAAAGGGAGAAAGGCUCUUCAGCGAGGUGUACAGUGAAGGCGUCACGACCUUUGCUCCCUUACGAGACGAACAAGAGAUAUCCUCAAGACUUCCGCGGCGCUGUGGGCAGAUUUCCGGAUAACUUAGGAAGGAAACGAGACAGGCGGGAAGCUGGGUAUCGGGAGAAGGCAGGCCAAAACGUCUGUGCCGUUUCUUGAACGAAGACAAGCCGUCAUCUUCAUGCUUUUCGGUCUACGAGAGGAAAAUAAGCAUGUUCUUGAAACUGCCUCUUUCUCCUGCUGCGCUUCCAGUUGCUAGAGGGACCUGACGUGUACUUGCAUGGUAAACUGUCGCCUUUUUUGCGCUACUUGAACACUUGUAAACUGUCACGGGGUC